AUGAGUUCUCUUGGUGAAGAGUUAAUUGAAAGAUAUGAAAGAUUAUAUUGUUCAGCAGUGGGUCUACCUGAGACAGGAAACAAAAAAGACUUGGCAGAACAUUUUGUUAUAAAAAUUACUAAUAAGAUUAAAAGUAAAGAAACAACGAACAUGGACAAUUCUUGGCAAAGUGAUGAAGAUUAUUAUGUAAACCAGUAG